GGAUUAUAUAGGGAAGAGGCACAGAGGAAGAACAAGCUAGACCUGUGAGAGAUUCCUCCUCCAAGGUUGAUUUUUCCUCUUGUGAUUCAUCACUCCCCUUGCCUGAGCUGCCUGUCUCAGACUUUUCUGUCAAGGGGGAGGAAGUGCCCCUCAACAGCUCGACAAUGUUCCAGUUGAUAGCCACACCUUCAAAUGCUCUUGCAGAUGAGCCUGUAUCCAUCCGAGCAACAGGCCUGCUUCCAUCGCAGAUCGUGACCAUCCAGGCGACAGUGAAAGAUGAGAAGGAGAAUCUGUUCCAAUCCAAAGCCUUCUACAAGGCUAACGAGGCUGGUGAGGUGGACCUGGAGCAGGCAUCGGCUUUAGGGGGUGACUACGUAGGGGUCCACCCAAUGGGCCUCUUUUCGUCUCUGAAACCCAAGAGGGCUUUCCAGAGGCUGAUCAAGAAAGAUGUGAUGAACACCCCCCUUUCCAUCAGUCUGGACCUGUACGACUCUGUUUACUUGCUAGAAACAUUCAGGAUUCCACCCAAGGCCAGCCAGACAGUGCAGCGCUGGUUUGUUGGCCCUGGGGUUAAGCGGGAGCAGAUCCGAGAAGGUCGAGUUCGGGGAGCCCUUUUUCUCCCCGCAGUUGAAUUUCGUGCCAGUCUUUUGGCUUCCCAUGGCUUUGCUGUACUGGCAUUAGCAUAUUUUGGCUAUGAAGACCUGCCCGAGAAACUUCAAGAGAUGGACUUGGACUAUUUUGAAGAAGCUGCCAACUUCCUACUAGCUCACCCCAAGAUCCGAAAGUCAGGAAUUGGUGUGAUCUCCACUAGCAAAGGAGCGGAGAUUGGGCUGGCCAUGGCCUGUUAUCUGAAGCAGGUGGUUGCCACCGUCUGCAUAAAUGGGUCCAGCAGCAUCUUGGACUUUCCACUAAGAUACCGGGAUCUGGUAGUGACACCCAUCAGACAGGAUCUGGAACGGAUUCAAGUCCAUGUUUCAGGGUCUGUACGCUUCCGUCACUGUACAGAACAUCUCCAGAAUAAGCUGAACCCACAGAAUAUACUUCCGGUGGAAAAGAUCCAAGGGAAGAUCCUCUUCAUUGUGGGAGAGAAUGAUGAAUGCUUGGAUAGCAAGUCGCAUGCACAGAGGGCCAUGGACCAGCUCCGGAGUCACGGGAGAAGCAAUGGAAGGAUGCUGGCAUACCAUGGGGCAGGCCACCUCAUAGAGCCACCUUAUUCUCCCUUUUGCUUUGCAUCCUGGCAAUCUGUCAUGGGUAAACCCUUGCUUUGGGGAGGAGAUCCCAUUGCUCACACAGCAGCCCAGGAACACUCCUGGGGAGAGAUCCAAAAGUUCUUCAGGCAACACCUCCUUCAGUCCAGAAGCCAACUCUAAAUUGCGUGAUCAUGGCUA